CCAGCCCCUUCGGACUGACAUUUGCUCCAUCAAACAAGCUGGAAGUGCUGUGUGAGCCCAGCCCAGCCAUGAGGAGAUCAGGGCUGUGGAGAGCAGACUGAAGACCUUCAAACCCAUCCAAACUCUCCUUUCCUGGAGUCAGCCUGCAGGGAUUCCUGCCUCCCCUCCUGUUGAUUUUCUACGGACAUGCUUGAAUCCAGGAUGGAGAGAGAAGAGAAUGAGACCCUGCCCAGUGAGGUGGAGGAGAUGAGUGGAAGAGCCAACGUGACCCUGGACCUGGACACCGCCAACCCCUUCCUCAUCCUGGCUGGUGACCAGCGAGGCGUGGGCCGUGGGGACGAGUGGACCUCGGUGCCCGACAGCGCCGAGCGGUUCGACACGGAGCCGUGUGUGCUGGGCAGCCAGGGCUUCGCGAUGGGGAGGCACUGCUGGGCCGUGGAGGUGGCCGAGGGGGGCGACUGGUGGGCUCUGGGGGUGGCCCGGGAGUCUGUCAGGAGGAAAGGGGUCCUCAGCUUUACCCCCCAGGAGGGCAUCUGGGCCGUGGGGCAGUGGUUUGGACAAUACUAUGCUUUCACUGAGCCUGACUGGACUCCCCUGCACCUCCCCUGCCUCCCCAGGGCCAUCCAGGUCUGCCUGGACUUCACGGACAGGCAGGUGGCAUUUGCUGAUGCUGAAAACAAAGCCCCAGUCUUCGCUUUCUGCCUGGAUCCGUGUCCUGGGGAGAAGCUACGCCCCUGGCUCUGGGUGGGGAUGGGCUCCUGGCUCCAGCUGUGUCCCUGACGUGGAUGAGUGCAUGUGGAGGACCAGAGAGGAGAACACCAUCGUGUGGGUCUUGGUGCUGGGAACUGAGAGGACCCCGUGUCCUGCCAGCUUCUUCUCACAUGGUUCCUCUGGCCACCAAGUGGGAGGACCAGCAGGUCUUGGAGAUGGGCACCACCAUCCCUUCCAGCCCGCAUCCGGGACUGCAGAGAUUUGAUGAAGGAUGAGCUUGGUGCCAGGCAGCCCAGGACAGAGAAGUGGCAUUGAGUGGUCUGUACAAGGCCAUGAGCAAUCCAGCAGUUUCAGGCCCCUCUGCAGGUGCCUCUGGCUCUUUUCAAUUAAGCUUAAUCAUUAAAUUAAGAAAACCCCAAACCCAGCUGGAUGCUGGAGCUCCUGAUAACAGUUAUCUCCUCCAUACAUCCGAAGCCUCUCCUUACUUCCAGUUCUAACACGUGCAUUAAGCCCAUUUCUUACAGCAGAACACUGGU